AUGAAUGCAGUCGUAGAAGAUAGAAUUAAAUAUUCGCAUGGGGCUGUGAAAACAAAACAAGUGAAGGUUAGCGACAUAAUAAAUUUAUCAUCUGAAGAACGUAUUGUCGUUGAAUUUGAUGACGUUGCACCAAUUGGAGAAGCACAAGGACUUCUUGCAGCCGAGUCAAUUGCACGACGGUAUGUCUAUAAUUCUAUUUCAAAGAAGUGGGGUGCAAGGAGGAUAAAGUUGUGGGAUAAGACCUUUGACCCGGUUCUAAGCAGAUCUAAACUUAUGGCUAAUGUUCCCAAAGGAAUUUCAAAGGAUCAAUGGACUUGUUAUGUUGAUUAUCGUUUGGACAAAAAAACGAAGAAAAUGUGCAACCAAAAUGCUGAAAAUCGGAAGAAGCAAACUAUUCCACACAUUGGUGGCUCCAAGUCUAACACGAGAAGAAGAGCUGAAAUGAUGGUUGAGGCUGGAAAGAAGCCUGGACGAGCAACACUUUAUCUUGCUACUCAUAAGAAAGAAGAUGGAUCAUAUGUUAACGAAGUGGCAAAGGAGAUUUGUGCAUAUAUGAUAAUGAAAGAAGGCACGAUACCUGAACAGUUUGCAGGAUUUUUCACUCCUUCUACGCCAACUGAUGUCUCUACUGGACCUCUUUCGGAUGUGAAUGGAAGAUCAUCUGGUGAUGGUUAUUCUAGUGAUAAUCAUUGA